AUGGAGGCAAACUUGGUGCUCUCCAUUGGAGAGGUGCCUCAAGAGUUGGAGGCCGAGUUUGAGAGGCCGAGCAAUAAAGAUCAAGACGACAACAUGGAUACAUUGAGUGUAAAGACCACGACAGAUCAAAUAUUUGAUGAAUCGACAGAGCCACAGACCGAUUUGGAUCAGCGAAAACUAGGACUGAGUAUUGUUCGAAACUUGGGUUGGUCAGGUUCUAACUAUGAUGAUUAUGAUGUUGUCACCGUUCAUGGCAUAUGCGACGAUUAUAGGACUGCUUGGAUUGACGGAGAAGGCUCGUGGUGGGUAAAGACCAAACUUUUUCAGGAUCUUUCAACCAGGCAAAUCGAUUAUUCAUAUGAAAUCCAUGGGGAUUCCGAGUUAUACGAAAUAGAUGGACUUCGACUGCAUGCUGAGCGGCUUAUGACUUCGUAUGCAAAGAUUCGUGGGGAACUCGAAGAGACUGAGAAGGAUCGUCCUAUAAUCUGGGUCUGUCACGAUCUCGGCGGCACAAUCGUGAAAGAGGCUCUUUCUAUGGCUUUGGCCCGUCCUGAUAAGUUUGGGAAAAUAGCAGUUCAGACUACAUCCAUUGUGUUCCUCGGCACUCCUCAUCGAUUCCAAUCUAUGGAGGACCUUGAAGACCAAGUUCUCGCACUAAUUAUGCUUCAAGGAUCUGCCAUCAGGACUCAGCUAGUGAGAAAGGUCAAAAGGCUUGCUAAUCAGGUAGAGAGAGCUAAUCAAAAAUUUCUGAGCACCAAAUUGUUCGAUCGGGCUACUAUUUUCAACGUCUUCGCUCAGAACAUUCACGACACCAGGAAUCACCAACUGUUUGAUGGCAAGACUCCCUAUGCUACAGUCACUAAGAAUGAUCACGAUGCUCUGGGUGCACCUGCAGCAGAUACUGCCUUCUCGAGCCUCACGUACGCCGUGGGGCACUCCUUUGAAUCAGUAGGCAGAUACGGUCUGGGAAAACUGGAUCAUUUACAUAUGGUCAGCGGAGAUGGACCGGACGAAAGCUGGGUUAGCCGCAUCUUUAAGAUGUUUAACAUGGGUGGCUGCCCCAUCAAGAUUAAUUACCAGCUUCUUCCGCUACAAGCAAGCCUCCUAUCGCUGGCUCCUCCGACGCGGCAAUUCGAUACGCCAUAUGACACAAUGGUGCCGAAGCAUGCCAUAAUAAGCUGGAUCAUGAAGCAAAGGUCUUUUUUAGAGCUCAGAAAGACAGACAACCGCCCCAAGGUCAUCCAUUUGCAUGGAGAUGGAAGCCCCCAAAUUGAUAUUCGUGAAAUCUCUCAGCAUCUUUAUGUUGGCUAUGAUGACUCAAACGCUACGAGUGCUGGGUAUCGAAUACCUAGUAGGAGCGUCGUCUACUUUGAGUUUGAUAGGUUGGAUUCCAGAUACAACAGCAUUUCAUCUAUGCUGUUAUACUUUAUCAAUAUUUUGUCCUGGCGCUUCUUAACCCCACAUAAUUGGCUCGGCGAGUGGGAAAAUGUCUUCAGAGUCACCAAAUCCUGUUCAUUGGAGAGAAUCUGGCAUUUAUACGGAGAAAUGUUGCCAUCUCAGGAUAUACAAGAGCUCACGUUCUUCAUCAGCUGCUUUGACCAGUGCCCUGAAGAGGAGCGCAAGUGGUUUUCACAGGGCAUCUUGAGUCGUCAGGGUCAUGGUGAGAUUACACCUAGCUUUAUCCUGUCUACUUCGAGAAAAGAUGAUUUGGCGAUUGAAUCAUUGCCCGACGAUAGGCGCAUUAAUCUGCAGGAAUGCCCAGCUCUCGUUCGGCCGACCAUCAGGAACAUGUUGGCCAAUGAAUUUCGGUCAGGUCUAAUUAAUCUCAUAGCAAGACGUCCCGUGUAUGAAAUUGUCCAGUUACUGCUCGAGACCCUCCUUGAACAAUGCAGCGAUACGCCGUUUCUGGGCUUUGUCAUUUUAAGAUGGCUUGGUAAUUAUCGUCGUGGAGCCUCAAAAUCCGAGAUCGCUGAGCUUCUUAGGCAGCUCUCACCUGUCACCGUAGAUAAUACAGUGCGUGUCAUAAUUUCUUCGUUGGGCACUGAAGAUCAGGCAAGGGCCAUAAAUAUAUAUAAAUGGAUCAAAUAUGCAGCAGAACCAUGGACUGCAGAAUCGUUAAGCGAAGCGCUUACUGUACAGCAACAACUGUCUGAAGAAUCAACAGUUGAAAAGGAACCACUACUCAAUGAUAUUGAUCCUACAGAUCUCAUACUCAACAUUGAGCAAGUAUUUGGCGGAAUUUUCAUCAUCUUGAACCGCGACAUCAAGUUCAGCCACCCAUCGUUCUACAAUGUUUGCAUUGACGGGCCGGUACGACAAGACGAAGUUGAAAGAGAAAAAGUCAAUGGCGAGAUUGCUACAGCGUGCUUACGGUACUUCAAGUUGAAAGGCGCACAGGAGAAGCUGGCAACACUCUUCCCUGGAAGUCUCGACGGAGGUCCAUGGGCCACCUUGCUUGAUGCCAAGGUCAUUGCCCACCAGCGAGACAGCAUGGCUGAAUACGCGAUACGGUUUUGGCCUCAGCACUAUAACGCCAGUGGCAUAUUCAGACCUAGCAGUUUAGUUCGUGAUCUGUUCUCUGACCGGGCAGCUCGAGCCGCCUGGGAGGUGCCGUUCUUUUUCUUCUCCAACCCACUCACUCGGAUCAACAGAAGCUACGUCUCUUCAUUACCGGUAUUCGCUAUGCUAGGUCUCGAGGAUCUAAUUCAUGAAGAUGUAGAGUCUCAUAAAAACCUGCCUGGAUUUUCCAAGGACUGCUGGUAUGCCAUCACGGAGGCAUCGAGAGUGGGAAAGAAAGCUAUCGUUCAGCGACUACUUGACCAACUUCCUGUAGAUGAAGACGAGCUCAGAAACGCCUUGUUUUGGGCCGCAGCUUACGGGAAAGAUGGCACAGCAGACAUUCUGAUUCAGCAUAUACCAGAUCUCAGUAGCUUCCAGUGGCCAGAACACAUCUUGCAUCAAGCCGCUGUUGCUGGAUUAGACAACAUCCUCGCGGCUCUCAUCAAAGCUGGGCACAACAUGAAUGAGCCUGGCCCUUUCUGGGGUGCAUCUGCAGUAGCACUAGCGGUAUGGGGGAAUCAUACCUCUACAGUGGAGUCUCUGAUACAUUCCGACGCCAAGAUUGACCUCUCAGCAAUCGAUGACGACGGCGACGAUGCACUAAUGCAGGCUGUAGUGAUGGGAGAGCCGCACAUGGUCGACAUUAUUCUCCAAGGAGGUGGUAACGUCCACACCAAAAACAACCGUGGUGAAGGACCAGUGUACAAAGCCACUGUUUUUAGCAGAUACGAAGCACUGAGACGACUCUUAUCGGCCAAUGCGGGGUUUGAGAACGACCAACAGGGUGAUGCAGAGGACAUGGGUAUAUAUAGACGACUGCCCUUGCUUACGGCGGCGAGGUAUGGCUUCCUGGAAUGCGCUCGCCUGCUGUUGGAUGCAAGUGUUGCUCGUCAAAAUGCUCACACUGUCACGAUCCAAGGAGAUGUGCUGCCCAGUACUGGUUCGAGCAGUCACACUUAUAUUACUCGCAUGCUGCUUGAGAAUGUCCCAAUCCCACCAGACACUACUCCGAGAUCUGAAGAGCUACUGAUUGAGGCUAUUAAGUCGGGCAAUGUCCAACUUGUUUCUCUACUGAUAGAACAUGGAGCUUCCAUUAAUCGCUAUGAAGCGCCCUUGACAGCGGCGGCCCAGAAUGGCGGUGUGGAAAUAGUGAGCUUGCUUCUUGGGAAAGGGGCCGACGUCAACGAGGUAAGCAUGGAUGGGACCAGGAAAUCGCCUCUAUUUUGGGCCAUCUUUGCAGACAAGGUCGAGGUUGCAAGAUUACUGUUGAAGAGAGAUGCCGACCUGAGUUGGAAGACUGAAUUGGGAUGGAGUCUCCUGAGCGCCGCCUACAAUACUCCGGACCUAAUUCCUGAGCUGCUCCAAAAAGGUCUGGAUCCUGAUUAUCAAUGUGUCUAUGGAAGUGUUCUUCACAUGGCUGCGCGAUGGGGCUACCCAAAGACGAUGAAAGUUUUGCUAGAGGCCGAUCCUAGGCCCAAUCUGGAUCUCGUAUACGGCGACGCUGAAAUCUUCUCAGAGAGUGUGGCUGCAGGGCACAUCAUUCAGAAUGAACUUGGUCUCACGCCUUUGUUGAUCGCCUGCCAGAGCCAUGAGCCCGAGUGCGUUGAGCUCUUGUUAAAGGCCGGUGCGGACCCUCACUUUCAUACAAAAAAUGACAUCAACGCCUCUGAUAUACUCAUGCGCGGAGGAGAAUUCGAGAAAGCUGCGCGAUGCCUUGAGAUACUUCUAUCUGGACCCUACGGGGCAUCAGCAGCGCGAAAAGUGGACAAGAAAGGAAAUACGCUAUUGCACAAGAUCGAAAAGAAGACGCUCGUAUCUGUGCUACAGCUUUUGGUUAAAGCUGGAGUGCCCGUGGACAGUAAGAAUCAGGAUGGAUAUACUCCUUUAGCUUUCGCCGUCCAAAGGAGUAACGAGGCUGCGGCCAAGUACCUCAUCGAGUGCGGAGCGACUCGUACGGGCAGCAUCCUGCAUCUAGCUUGCUUACAAGGUUCUUUGAGCCUCGUCAGACUGCUUAUACAAGAGGGCGCGGAUCCCAAUGCCAUAGAGCCGGAACAUGGCAGGUCGCUUCUUUAUACGGCACUCCAUAUAGAUGAUGAGGCGGCAUGUAGCCAGAUGGUGCGGUACCUGGUCGAUGAAGUCAAGGUUAUGCUUGACCAACCAGGCGGUCGAUUCAAAUACCCCAUCAUUCGAGCCGCUCAUAUGGCACGUGGGCCCGGCAGUGCUGGGCUGAAGGCACUCAAGUUUCUCAUCCGGCGCAAGGCAAGGCUUGAUGUAGCGGACGAUCAAGGGCGUCGUGCGAUACAUGCAGCAGCAGCUUCGGAAUGGAAAGACGGCCUCUGUGCCCUUGUUGAAGCAGGCGUAGAUGCAAACGUACGAGACAAGCUUGGGCGCCUGCCGAUCCAUUUUGCGGCCUCAGUACGUCAUCAAGACAACCUUGAAUAUCUGCUAGGCCGGUUCAAGGACAUCAACGUCGACGCGGCAGAUGACGACAAUUGGACACCGCUGCUGUGGGCUGCUCGAACGGGCGUCCUUGACAACGUGGUUCAGCUGCGUCAAAGGGGUGCUGAUUUAUGGGUUCGAGGUCGAGGUCGAGUUCAAGAUUUCAAGUCGGAGGAUACGUGGUCGGCGUUGAAACUGGCUCGUUUCGCGGACAGGGACUCUUCGUGGAAUGAGCAUCUCGCUCCAAAGGAUGGUACGAGGAUUAACGAGAAUGGCGAUGAAGUGGAAUGGAAUGACUCACUUCACCCGAACAAGCUUGGAGAUCGAAAGCUGAUCAAGUGCAUUUCUUGGGAAUGCCGGAAAUGUGCUGGUCAAGUCUCGUUGUGCUUCAAGUGCUUCGGCCGCCGUGAGGAUAUCCAUGACAUGGGGCAUGCCUUUGAAGAGAUAGGCCCUCUCUAUCAACAGAUAGCAUCACCGCAACGUAGGGACUCUAUAGCAAAUCCUGUCGGAGUGGGAAACAGCUCUAAUUUGGCAGAUGGUUCAAGAACGUACGAGGAGCCGGAAACUACGGCGGGAGGUGAGGUUGCCGAUAAUCUUGCAGCAGUCCCGGAAAAUGAUGCUUCUAGUGACACGGAUUUGGACCUCGACAGCGAUGACUUGGAUUCAGAUUCAGAUUUAUGA